UUCGACCACGAUAUGAAACCCGAACCGAUGACCGAGGCUGUGUCGAGGUACUUAAAAGCAGCGACGAUCCGCGGCGAUUAACAGCCACGAACAAUGCAGUCAAUUCAGUCUGCGGCGAGUCGGUCGCUCCUUGCUAGGCCGCAAGGACUGCCGUGUAUUUUAUCCAGACGGAAUGGCACAAGAUGGCGAUUGUCGAGACCUAAAGCAUCCCAGAAAUCCUAUUCAUCACCCUCGGCCGCGGCUGCCUUAUCCGGGAUCCGUGUAUUGGACCUGUCACGAGUUCUCGCGGGCCCGUACUGUGCCCAGAUUCUGGCCGACUAUGGGGCCGACGUGAUUAAAAUUGAAGAUCCGGAACGAGGGGAUGAUACUCGAUACAUCCGACUUGCCAACGAAGAGGCGGCGUGGAAGCCCAAUAUUGGGCCCAUGUCCGUCUACUUCGCCGUUUGCAAUCGGAACAAACGAUCCGUUCGCUUGAACUUGAAGCAUGCUCGCGGAAAGGAGAUCUUCCUGGACAUGGUCAAGGAUGCAGAUAUCCUUAUUGAAAACUUCAAACGAGGAUCGAUGGAGAAGCUUGGGCUUGGGUUCGAUGUGUUGAGCGAGAUCAACCCGAGACUGAUCUUCGCAAGCGUUUCCGGUUAUGGCCCUGACGGCCCGUAUGCGCAGCGCGCUGGGUACGACAUGAUCACAGAAGCGGGACUUCUUCACCUUCAGGGUGAGCGUGACCGCGCUCCAGUGAAGGCUGGCAUAGCCAUCACCGAUCUCACUACCGGUCUUUACAUGCACGGCGCCAUACUGGCAGCCUUGCAAGCCCGUCACCAUACUGGUCGAGGGCAAAAGCUCGACGGCUCGCUGUUCGAAACGCAGAUUGCUCUACUAACCCAGAGUGCCAUGGCCUGGUUAAAUCUCGGUCAAGAAGCGCAGAGGUGGGGUUCCCAGCACUCCAGCGUUGUUCCGUACGAUGCCUUUAAGACAAAGGACAUCUAUCUCGUCUGUGGGGCGGUCAACGACGUGCAGUUCAAAAAGUUCUGCACGAUCCUCGGUCAGCCCGAACUGGCAAGUGAUGAGCGAUUCAAGAACAAUUAUUCCCGCGUGAUGAACCGAGACGAGCUCAACAAGAUAUUGAAAGGACUUUUCCUUCUCAAGACUACGGAUGAGUGGCUCGAAGCCUUCGAUGGAAGCGGGCUACCGUAUGGAGCGAUCAACACAAUGGAGAGAGUCUUCAAGCACCCGCAGACGGCAGCACGAGACAUGGUCGUGGAAAUGCCGUUCGAGCCUGCGACGUCGGGGAAAUUCUCAUUGCUCGGACCAGCGGUGAAGUUCAGCGACACGGAACCUACCAUUCGGCGGCCUCCGCCGCUCCAUGGCCAGCAUACUGACGAAGUGUUGGCGGACUUCGGCGUUGGUGACGCUGAAAUCAAUAAACUUCGACAGGAAGGUGUGAUAUAG